GGCAGGCAGUGUUAACUCACACCACGCUCAUUCAAGGACAGUUGGCAAACGGUCUCUAGGCAUCACCUCUUGGGGGGGCAUGAGGGGCCUCUUGACUACACGGGAGCAAAAUGCUUGGAGAGAGCUUAUUAAAAAGGAGGCCUUUUGCAGAGUCAGCUGGAAGGCAAAAUAUGGGCCCAAAUACCCUCGCCAAGUGCCUGACUACGGAACCUCCAGGAAGAAGUGCUCCUUGCCAGCUAUCCGUCUUCCUGAGAAGAACGGCGCGAGCUCUUCUACACGUGAAGAAGUAACUGUGAAAAAGGAAGGAGAAGGAGAGCAGGCGCCCGGAGCAAAGAAGGGUGUCGGUUUUCAGGAACCUUUUCCAGAGAUGAGGGCCCCCACCCCGGAGACCACCCAGCUGCUUUACCAGGGCUUUUCCCAUGAAGGUGAAGGGAGACGCCACUACCUCAAGGAGAGGACAAUGAAGAGCCCUGAGGAAAAAUUCUGUUAUCCAGUGCUGUCAUCAUGGGAGUAUGGCUGGCGCUUAGGAGAUGUGCUUAAAGAUAUUGGGACACCAAUUCAUGGCAAAUCUCGCAUUGUAAAGGAUACUUUCUACUUCAAAAAUGGAGUCUUCUAUCACCCUUCAAAAACUGACAAGCUGUCAUGAAUAUUAAUGCUGCCUGAAAUGCAGAAAUAUUUGUACAUGAUUCCCUUGCAUGGAUCUUUGUUGUAGUAGCAGAUCACACUGACUCCAUCUAUUGAAUCCAUAUUUAUUCAUUCAUAGAGUAGGGCCAUAAAACUUAAUAGUGAUUCAUUAUUUCAUGAGGUGGUCUCUAUACAUGACUACAUCUGGAAACAAUCCUGUCUAAUUACUUCCAUCUGUAAUUACUAUCGUACAUUUGGAAUAAGCCUCUAACACUGCUCUGUCUGUAACAUGCCAUGAUUCCUGCACAACACAUGCACAAUAACUAUGAUUUAGCUCACUGGUUCCCCGUCAUUGGCCCCAAAUGUUCUUGGACUACAACUCCCAGAAGCUGAGCUGACAUUGCCGAUACUCAGGUCUUCUGAGAGUUGUAGUUCUAGGACCUUGGUGAAACUAUGGGCCAAUCUUCCUUGGAACCCACCAUGAUUUGUACCGUUGUGCUGUUGAAAUUUGGUGAAAAGCAUGCCGUCAAAUCUUGGCAGCAAACCAGAAAUACUGCUUUAUUUUUAAAAAAAUUGCUUGGUUUCAAGCCUUUUUGAACAAUUCCUUCAAAUUUUCACUUGUUUUAAAGGGAGAUUUAUGGUUGGUUGCUCUGUUGUAUCACAUUACGUUCUUUGUUUUAAUUAUUUUCACUGAUAGAAAUGAGCCCCUAAAACAUUGGUAUGAUGAACAGUGCUAAUCACAAAGGACUUAUGACUAUAAUUAUAUAUUAAAUCCCACAAAGGCAUGCUGGUUGAUUCCUUGUCGUGGGAGCAAAUAGCCAUUGGAGAAUAAAAAAUGGUAAUGGUGGAUACAAA